AGUAGUGGGAGAAAAACUUGAAUUAUCAGCAAAUGCUUAAUGUUGAUUGGCCAUUGAUUUUAAUUCUUUUGUUGUAUUUAGCUAUACUUGACCUUGAAAUCACUUCAGCAUCACUUCAGAUCACUCUCAAAAGAAUAUAAUAUAUUACAAAGUGUUAACAUCUUUAAUUAAUAUUUUCCAUAAUUAAGAUACAAUAAAAUGAAGUGGAUAAUUUUUAAUAUCACAUUAGUAACAUGGAUUUGUAUAAUAUUUUGUCAGGAUAUUGUAUUUCCAAAUGAUGAAGAGAUGUCUCAUGUGAGCGGCAACACAGCGAUAACAGAACGUAUUCCAGUGGCUGCACCAAAUAUAUGUCCUAAAGACAUGCUUCUUUAUCCUGGAGAUGGAAAUAGAAGUACAUGGGUAUGUGAUUGUAGACCCAGAUUUCUAUAUUUUCCAUUGAAUAAUAGUUGUCAUGAAGCAUACAGACAAGGACCAUGUCCACCACAGAAUUAUGUUGUGCUUCCUAAGAAUGAAGCUAUACCAAAAUGUGUAAAAAAUCCUUGUUUGGAGGAUGGCUUAGUGCAAUAUAAUAAUAUAUGUUAUCCUUUAAGAACUACAGGUGGCCCUUGUGCACCUGAUGGUGUAAUCGGAGUAAAUGAAACUACAUUUGAUUUAGAAUGUAUAUCAACAGAUGUUGCAACAUUCGUAAUUAUCGAUCCACCUCCAAAGAAAUGUCCUGUAGGAAGCCGUAGGAAUUCUCUUGGAGUAUGCAAAACAAUUGCAAAUUUUUCAUCUCGCACUAAUAAAGUUUUCACCUGAAAUUUUUGCUUUUAAUAUGAAAAAGUAUUUAUUUGUUUGGCUUCUUUCAUAUAAUAAAUUUCAGUAUAUUAUGCUAUAAGUCUGAUGUAUUAUGAGAAUAUAUAACAUUCAUAUUUACAAAAUAUAAUUCUUAAUAUACUUAAAUAUACUUAUUUAGAUAAUACGGAACUCCUCGUUUAUAUACACUGACAAGGUAUAACUACAUACUUAUAAAGACCAUCAAUUGCACAUUAAAUAUUUAUGCAAUAUAUUUUUAUAUUUUAAUGAUGACUGUUAUGUAAUUUAUACUCUAUUUACAUAAAUUGUAUAUACAAUUAGACAGAAAUAUGAUACAUAAGAAUGAAAUAAAAUACUAUGAUGAAAUAUAAUAAUAUAUUUAACAAUUGUUAAUACUACUUAAGUCGAAUGAUAUCAACUAAAUUAAAGAUGAAUCUAAAAACUAAUAUCAAAGUUAUCAAAAAUUGUAAUUUCGUACUGUCUUGUAUAAAGAUAAAAAUCUGGCUAAUAAUAAAUUAUAUAUUUUCAGCA